AUGGAAACGUCCGCCAGCGGCUUGGAUGUCAAAGCUGUCGCAUUCGGUGCCAAUGUCGACGAAGAAGUCACUCGAAUUUGGAAAGACGUCGAGGGCCGCGUUGUGCAAAUGGCGGGCGGUGAUCCGGCCAAGAUCAAGCAAGGUCUUGGCAUAAAUGAUGUGCUACAGUACUUAAACGAAGACCAAGUCAAAGACAAGCAAGUAUCUGAAAAGUAUGGCACUGUCAAGAAUAUAUUCAACCGAACCCUCCAGUGCAUUCAGACAGUUGGUGGUAUCGUUGCAGAUGGAGCCUCUUAUGUCUUUGCUCCCGCCGGUCAAUGCUACAAUGCCCUCACAUUCGUAAUUCAGGCAUGGCAGGGGUAUGAAGGUAUCUUCGAGAGUCUCGCUGGGCUUCUAGAGAAGUGUAUCGAGUUUCUUGAUCGUCUCGAAUACUACGCCAAGCCGGGAAUGGACUCAAAGCUUACAAGAGUUGCCUGUCAGCAUCUUCAAAUUUUUGUCAAGAUCUGCGACCGUAGUCUAAGACUGCGGUCCAAAAGAAGCAAGUUUGCCGCCUUUAUGAAACAAAUGUUCCUAAACGACGAUGGUAUGCAGGGCCUGUUGAGUGAGAUGCAAAACCUCGUCGAUAAAGAACAUUCGCUUGUAUCAGCACAGACAUGGAAGUCUAGCAACGAGGCAGCUACUAACUCAAGGGACGGCUUAUUACUCACUCGAAACUUGCAUAGUAGUCUAGUUGACGACAGGAACAAGAAACAACACGAUACCGAUCGACUGAAGUGGAAGCAAACUAUUGUCAAUGCCCUAGAACUGAACCCUUCCAUUCUGAAGCCUGAUUCUCAAGCGCCAUGGGAUAAGGCAUGGAAGCGGCACAAAGAGAACAGAUUCGAAGGAAGUGGUGAAUGGCUUAUUCAAGACCCUAGGUUUGUUUCCUGGGUCUCGGGCGAUCAAGAUUCGAAGCAAAUUCUGGCUUUCCAGGGCGACGAAGGCGCAGGCAAAACACUUUUAGCAGCAAACGUUUUACUUCACCUGCGGAAGAUGAGGGGGUCUGGUCCCAAGGUUAUCAUCGCCCACAAUUUCCUUGACAAGGAUUCCAAGUCGUCAACCAUCCAGGACGAUGCUCUCGAUAUAUCCAGACAUGUGAUGGGGCAAAUCGCUUUGUCUCACGACCCCAUCAUGAAGAGUGUAGCGGGUAUCUGCGACAAAGUGAGAGACUUCAGCAGCCCGCUCGAAAUUUUAACAGCACUUCUCCUCGACAACCAAGACCUUUUGGCUAUGGAUUCGAACAUGUACAUCGUUCUCGACGGUUUGGGUGAUAACGCUGAGGUCUUGAUCAAGUUCUUACAGAAUUUCUCCGAGAAUCCUCUUAUUCAACGCACUCGUAUUCUCCUGACGGGAAAGAAGCAAUUGUUUGAAACCAUCAACAAGGCUGGUGGAGUAAAAAUGGAGAGGAUUGUUCUCGGAGAGACGAACAGCAAAGACCUUGAAAUAUAUAUCAAGAAGCGCAUGGAUGGCAUGGAAAUUCUGAAAGACAUAUCUCGGCCAAGCGUUUCAGACCUGCGGGCAAAGAUCCUCCAAGAUCUCCAGUCAUCCACGGAAGGAGAUUACUACAAGAUUGGACGAGUACUUGAUAAUAUCGCUACAGCAACUGAGGCUGAGGAGAUAAACUCAUUGCUUGAGUCAGCAGGGGACAUGCGCCCGGAUCAAAUCGAAUCUGACAUUGAGAAGCUAAACCAGAAUUGCAACGCAAAGGAGAUUGCUGAGAUUAACGAAAUCAUUCUCUGGGUCAAUACUGGCAAGAUGUGGUUCAACCCCCUUUCAAUGGAGGCAGCACUCGCUUUAAAGGCCGGCCCCGGAGGGAGCACAUCACUGAUGUCAAUAGAGGCUAAGAUUGCUUCGAAGUACAGCAUCUUUUCUACUGAAUCGGGCUUUGUUGAGUACAAGGUCGAUAAUGUUGAGGAUAUGGUUCCGCUGAAGAAGCGAGAUGUGACCGAUGAUGGGAGCUCAAGUGGUUUCAAAGAAAUCCAGCCAGCAGAGGUCAACAUCAUCAAGCACUAUCUGUCGACAGUAUGCCCAAGCGAUCUGUACAAAAAGUUUGGCUUCGAUCAGUUCUUCGAAUGCAAAAUGACACGCAAGAGCAACUAUGUCUGUAGGGAUCCAGACAACGCAGAAGCCACGAUGGUUCUCCGCUGUAUAACCUGUCUCUCCGAUGAGCGGACCAGCAAGACAGAGCGCCUCCACUCUUACACAACCGAAUAUCUCCAGAAGCACUUAGAAGAAGCCGAUUUAUCAUUAACUGACCGGUCUAUCAAAGCCGAGACCGGAAAGGCCUUGGUCCGGUUAUUCACUGAACAAUAUGCUUUGGACUCUCUUUUUGGCUUCCACUUGUUUAUUGAGGAUACCUCCGAAGUAUCCUUCUCAGCGAAUGGCGUUCCUGAUACUUGGAAUACCUGGAUCUUUUCAGACGAAGGAGUCAAUUCGAUUGCGAAAUGGUUCAAGGACUCGGCCGUCAAGGAACUUGUGAAGGAUAAUGAGUUGAUCAUCUCUUUUGAAAUCGCCAGUAAUCGCCAUCUGGCUCUAUUUGGCGCUGCUGCCACGACGGCGGCUCAAGACCUUUUCAUGAGAGACACAAGCAGACGUGAAACUGUUCGAGCCUACAUUUUGCUUAGCGCAUUGUUGAACAAGGUAUACAAAGAACCGGCCGACGACGAGAAGACCGGCGAGUCUGAAAAUGUAAAGAACGAAGAGAAGAAAGGUGCAAUUAGUGAAGACAUCGAUCCAAUCUACAAACCAACUUUGGAAGACUUCCAGCGAGUGGAAAAAUGGGCAAGCGAAAGACUGAAUGUCACAGACAAGGACUCGAAAUGGGAGGCAAAAGCCUCGCUACUCCUUUCUUAUAUCAGAGGCGAAACAAUUCCCAAGACUUUGGUUGAACAUAGAGCUCGCAAGGCACUAUGGAUGGAACCUGAGAGUUGGGUCGCUACGUACGCACUUUCCCGCGUGACAGAAUCCAGAGACGAAUCUCUCCUAAGCCUACAGAAGGUUUUUAACACGCUGACUGGCGACAUUGAGUGGCAGAAAGAACGCGGCCACAAAGGAAUUCUGGCACGAAUUAUCUACGACCUGGGAGACAAGUAUUGGACAGAUGAGAAGCAACGUGAACAGGCCAUUACCACCUACUCCAUGAUAUUCACAUUAGGCCGCUCGAUCGAACUUUUCGCAAGCUUCAAAGAUGUUCUUCAGAAGUAUGCCGAGGCUGAACGCUGGGAUGUCAUGGCAGAAUUCUUUGACCGGCUUCUUGAUGAACCUGAAGAUGGACCCAACUUGGCAGGUGACUUCACCUUAUACGAGUUUUACAACUACGACUUCCAUACUACAUUCGUCAAAAUGGUUCGCGCGUUGGACAGAUUCGACCUCUUGGAUAAUUUGUUCGCUCGAGCCAUCGCCAAAGCCACCACGAAAACAGAAUUGGAAGGUCGUGGAUGGGAUGACACUCUUCGGUUCCGGUACGGCGAGACUCUCUUUGAGAUCCCCGGUCAUGAGGAAGCUGGAAUACACGUCUGGGAGCUCUUACUCAAAGACGCGCCAGAUGAAACUCGAGAGUGGGUAACACGCGCAAUGGUUAAGUGCACCGUCCCAGCCUGGUUGGAACUUGCCAUCGCCAGUAAAGAUGACCCAGCACGAGCACAGGGAUUCUUUGACAAGAUCGAGGCUCAAUAUAAGGAGCUCCAGGCACUGGGGACACGCGAUCAGGAGUCCACUAUUGUGUUUGCUCAGUACUUCAAGUGUCGUGGUGAUGUGGCCAAGGCUAAACAGAUCCUGAAGCCUUAUGUCACAGAGCAACUUGAGAUGCUUUCUGACAAUCGUACUGACAAUGACCAGCCAUCCCUUUGGAUCCUCGGUCAGAUCCUGUCAGUGAUGCGAGACUAUGUCAAUAUCGGUGUUUGCAUGGACAUGAUGCGGUACACCAACGUCGUUGUAGCUCGUGAAGAGUACGAGGCCGACUUGACCAGAUACCACGAAGAGCAAAAACAGAAAAAGCUUGCUGAAACCAAAGGCGAGUCCUUUAAAGGUACCUUUGAGUCUGAACCCCAGGAGCCGGAUAGCCGCAUCGUUUGUUGUGACGGUUGUGAGGUCAGUUGGGAAUUUGCCAGCGAAGUCUGGACAUGUAUGAGUUGCAGUGGCGCAAUUCAAUUCUGCGUUGAUUGCUAUAAUAAGUUGCAGCUGGGGAAUUUGAACAACAGGGUCUGCAAAAAGGAACACGAGCACUAUUUCCUGCCCAAGAGGAAUGUUGAGGAGAUUGAUGCGCUUCCUAAGGGCUCUGUCAAGGUAGGUGAGAGGACUAUCACUUUUGAGGAAUGGAAGGACGAGAUUCGGGGCCAGUACGUGAAUCUCGUGUCUCUUUCUGAUUAG